AUGGAAAGUAAGAAAAGCAAUACCACGGUGUUAACGUUUGGAAUUGACAGAAUUCUAGGAAACUACGAAGACAAGAGUGGAAUAAGUGCAAUCAAAGAAACGUCACCGAAUACUAGCAUUGAUCAAUUUGUAACGACACUCACAGACUUUGUCACAGAACCCAAGGAGUCUAACAGCGUGCAACGUCCACGAAUUCGCACUAAUUUCAGCGCCUGGCAGGUCGACGAACUAGAACGUGUAUUCUGUGUGACACACUACCCAGACAUAUCCAUCCGCGAAACAAUGGCCUUUAGAAUGGACUUAACUGAAGCAAGAAUCCAGGUCUGGUUUCAAAACCGACGAGCAAAAUGGCGGAAACAGAAAAAAUCAUCCGGGACAAUGCAAGUCGGGUCUUUUCAAAAAUACAACAAUGACAAUACCAGUCUACUAAAUACACCGAAAUGUCCUCAUCAUUAUGUCUUACGAAACUGUAUAGCGAUGACGCAAACUCCUCUCAACAUAACUGGUUUCCAUCCGCCAUUCAGCAGAGAAUUUCACAUGCAAUCAAGUAUUUUCAGUCUGAGGGAGAAAGCCAGAAUGUUCACGAAUUUGACACAUAGCAGCUGUUGCUGA